AUGGAUCGGCCGGAGCCUGGACUGGUGCGAUGGUCUCCAAAUUCCUCCUUCGACAGCUUUGUUCAUAUCAACUUGCAACAUCGCGUCGUGCAACUGUACGAACCCACCGGGCAUGCCAAAAGGCAACAGUUUGACUUUUCCAGGCUCAGUCGACACGAUGAUUUCCCUCCUCUUACGACCUACGACUGGUCUCCAGCCGAUCCUAGCCUGCUGGCCGUGGGCACCAGUUCCGGCAUCAUUAACCUGUUGAAGAUUGACGACAACUCCAAUGCAUAUGCUGAAAUCGGUUUGAAAAUGGCACGAACAUGCCAAGCGGUUGCUUUCAACACCACUGGUCUCCUUGCUGUAGGUCUUGAUCGUGUCCGAAUGGAUCAAAGCCUCCAUGUCUGGGAUGUCGGUCGUCUUUCGGCCCAGGAGCUGUCCAAGAUGGGCUUCCCACAUGCAGCGUCCAGCUUCGUUGAUUCUUACACGAGACUCGAGCCAAGCGUUUCUGUGUCGAGCAUCAAGUUUUUUGAAGAUAGCCCACUCACGUUGGUGGCGGGUAUCAAAGGUCAAGGCGUGAGGAUAUGUGAUCUUCGAGACCCAAGCGGGAACAUCACUUUUCAAACGAAAUGCAACAACAACUUGGCUAUCGACUAUGCUGACCCAAACUUCUUCGCUUCAUCCGCUCUAGAUCACCCUGGAGUCAUGAUUUGGGAUCGCAGAGCUACAUCCCGACCAGUUGCUUCGCAUUCCUACAUACAAGCCGUAGAAGAGGACGAGCUCCCGUGGGGAGGAGCUUUGCGGCUUGACAAGGUGAUCGAGACUGACUCCGACCCCUUUUUGGCCGAAGGCAAACACUCUCUCGUGCGGUCACUCCGGUACUGCCGCGACCGUCGUGGAUUGCUGGCAGCGCUGUCGCCCACAGGUCAGCUCAAGGUUAUGGAAACGAACAGGGAAAUUGUGUCUGCUGGAGUGGCGCCACAUGAGGGACCCGAGCUGCUUCGAGUCCAGACAUCUCACGAGAUGGAUGUCUCAUACAGGGAUAACUCGAGACGAAACGACCGCAUCGUCUCCUUUGAUUGGGUGACGUUGGAUUCGUCUACUUUGAGGCCUAGGUUGUUGGUCCUGAGAGUAAAUGGUGCCUUUGAUGUUCUAGAGCAGCCGUCUCGAACAUCGGAUCAUGUCUAUAAGCUGGUCCCCUGGCAAGCCCCCCAUCGGGGCUUAGAGGAAAACUCGCCAUAUCUCGACCUCAUGCAGUUUGAGCCAACCCAAGCAUCGGAGAUUCUAGGACCCUUGAUCACCGAGCAAAUCCUGUCAGAUGUUCCCAUAUUUGGGCCAGAGAAGGCCAGCGUCGCGGACCGCAUCAGGGAUGCUUUGAAAGACCGCGCCUCCGUAUCUGCUGCAGUAGAACAUGUGGAUGAAAUUUCUCGGCCGUUACCGGACUCAUUCUUCAACGCAACCUCGAUUACUCAGAAGUUGAAGAGCAUUCGAGCAUAUGUCCGCGAUGAACAGGCAGACCAGCAAGCAGAGGACGAACAGCAGCAAAAAGGAAACGGCCCCAAGCACCUAGACAACAGACCCAACGAAAUUUCUCUUGCCUCGAACAGCUUAGUGUCAUGUCGUGAGAUUCACGAAGCACUGCUAGGCACGCUGGCCAUGGUAAAGGGCCUCCCUAGGGAAGCCCAGUGUGUCGUGGACCACUCCAUGCUCCUCCGGGCCAAGGAAAACUAUCUCUUUGAUGCAGCAAAGAAUCGCGCCGUGUUAUCCGACGACUCGUGGCGAAGAUUUGUCUGGGACUGGCUCAUGACAGACGCCGAAAUGGCUGCGGACGACGGAGGUAUGCUCCUAGGAAGCAUGGACCUAAGCUAUCUGGGCGUUCAUUCCAUAUGGACAAACGAUCUUGGUACGCCUCCUCAAACCACAUGUCACAACCCCGGCGAAAUGCUCACAACUCACAUAGGCUCAAACCCCACGACCCGCCUCGCUCCAGGCGCAGCCCUCCCCGAAGCUCCUCAGUGGGAACGAGUCAUCGGCCAGUUCUGCAAAAAGCGCCGCCUCCCCAAGUUUGACGCCGUGCCCACCAAGAAGCCCUUCCACCGCCAACUGUGCCUCGAAAUCUGCAGCUGGGGCGACCCCCAGCGACACGACCCCAAUGGCGUCGACCGCGAAGCAGAUCCCGAGUAUCCCACGGCCAUCCACACCAUGGUCGCCUCCCGCGCUCUCUUCCGCGGCGACACGGAGCAGGCCAUCACCAUCCUCAAGAAAGCCAGCGCUCUCCACCCCGAACUCCUAUUCGUCUCCUUGUCCCUCCAGCUGCUUGGUCGAGGGGGCAAAAAGCUCGCCCAGGAACACCUCGAGCUCGACGACGCCGUGGCCUCCAAAACAGACCCCUACCUCCGCGCCAUCUCGUCCCUCAUCGCCACAGGAGACUGGAGCACCGUUGCGAACCAGCGCUCCCUUCCGCUCACGGACCGCGCCGUGGUCGCCGUGCGGAACUUUGACGAUGGCCAACUCACCAAAUGGCUCGACGAGAACGUCUCGCUCGCCAUGGAAGAAGGCGACAUAGAAGGCAUCGCGCUCACAGGCAUAACAGACAAGCUAGUGGACAUAUUUGCCCGCUAUGUCCAGAAAUUCCACGACGUCCAGACCGCCACCCUCGUGCUGUCCAUCGCAUACCCCCGCUACAUGGACGACGUCCGCUGCCGGGCAUGGCGCAACGCCUACAGAGCCCACCUCCAGCGACACCGGCUGUUCUUCCAACGGACCAAAUUCGAAGUCGAGUCCACCAAGCGGUCUAAACGCGACGGCGUGCCGACUCUGAAGCCGCCGUCGCGCCAAAUCGCCCUGCGCUGUGUCUACUGCGAUGCGGAAACGUCCCUUUCGAGCCGGGGCGUCGCGCCGCCUAUGUCCAACCCGACGCUGGAGACGCGAAACCCUCUGCUGGCAACGAGCAUCAAUUCCGGCAUAAGCUGCCCCAACUGUGGGAGGCAUCUGCCGCGCUGCGUCGUCUGUCUGGAAGUCGUGGGCGUCCCGCGGUCGGACAAGCCCGAGGUGAAGGAGCCCACGCGCACGGCAGGGCGGUUCCCCACGUUUUGCCUGCGCUGCGAACAUGUCCUCCAUUUGGAUCACGCGAGGCAGUGGUUCGCGAGACAUGUGGAAUGUCCCGUACCAGAGUGCCGAUGCACAUGUAAUUUCAGGGCUAACCCGGAACUGAGCUAUCAUUGA